CUGUGAAAGUUUUGCAGUACAACUUUUCGCUAAAAAAGAUUUAGAAUUAAAAUAACAAUAUCAAAAUUUUUUAGUAGAGAAGUUGAUGAAGGACAAUAAAAAGGACCUUUUUUUAAAAAAAAAUAAAAGAGUGCGUAAAAUUGGAAGACUAUAUACAUUUAAGUGAUCUCGAGACGAUCUUUCUUAUAAAAAAUUUAUCUUUUAUUGUUAAAUAUUAGACGAAAAAUAGUUUAAAUUGUAUAUAUAUUAACUAAUCAUCUUAUAUAUGUGCAUCACUUUGAGACUUCCCUGAUUUGUAAUGUCAUCAUUUUCAAAGUGACGUGUAAUCAUUUAUAUGUGUAGUAUUGUAUGUCACUAAAAAGUACAAUUUGAUAUUCAAAGUUUUAAUAUUGUGUUACAUGGUUUGAAUUCAAUUUAAUUCACUUAUACGUGUAAGUAAAGCGCGAAUAUAUCUCGGUGAAAAAGAGAUUAUACAUAACCUCAAUUAUUUGCAUACAAGAAAAUAAGCUAUAUUUUUGUUUUUAUGAGAACUACAAAGUCUAAAGAAAAUGUCAAACAUUAAAAAUACAAUGUAUUAAAGUGUUAAAUUUGAAGAAAUAUCUUAUGCUUUGAUAUUUUUCAAUAAACAAAUGAAAUAUGUAUAGCUUCGAGGGUGAUUAUAGGCGUAAGCCACAACAAAACUUAGCCGGAGCAAGUCGUAGAGAUGAAAAAGCUGCUCUUUUACAGCAUGCUCAAUUGGAACGUUUGAAAAGAGAACAACAACGAAGAAAGCAUAAUGCUGUUGUUAAAAUACAAGCCUACAUUCGUAGUUUUGUUAAAAGAACUUUAAUGAAAAAAUGCCAACGAUAUGAAUUUGACAAAAUGCAACAGUCAUUGGGAAAUAAAACAUUGAAUGUAGAGGAAUUAGUUAUUUAUAUUCGAAAAAUUCUAUUUUUUUAUCAACCAAUUGAAGAUUCUAAUAGAUUUAUUUGGCUGUUACAACAAUUUCUUAAACUUCAGAAAGAAAUUAAAUUGAAAAUUAAUUCAUCUAAUGAAUGGCUAUGGAGAGUCAGAUGGGUCCUGAGGCUGUGCUUAAAAUUUGUCGUAGACAGUAUAUCUCCUGAUAAAGGACAAGCAAUAGCGAUUCCAUUACGUGUUUUAGAAACAUUUACACUUAUUGAAAAUUUUGAAAAUACUCAUCAUCAACAACUAAAGGAUAUAUUUGCAUAUCUAUUGAAAAAUAAUUAUUACGAACAAAUGAAACAAUUGAUUGACACAAAAAUACCGCCAAUUGAUGAUCCAUCCCCUGUUCCUCCGACUCCAAUGUCAAAAUGGAUUUUUGAUAUGAUUCAACGACCUUUAAGUAUAAUUUAUUAUAUGAAUCAUCUAAAUGAUUUUGCAUUUCUCACCUUGAGGGAACUUUGCACGAGUAUACUUUCGCAAAAACUUACGGAAUCGGUAACUGGAUUUAUAUUUCCUGCGCUAAUGAAUUCUAAAGAAUUUCCCUUUGAGAAACUGAUUACUUGCAUCCAAUUUCUUAAUAUUCCACCUUCAUUAAAUUUACUCUACUCUAUUCUCAGUUUGGAAACACCUGGAUUCUCACCGGGAAAAUCAAAUGAUGUUUUGAUUGUUUAUCUACAAGUUUUAGCGUCAAUGAGCACAACAAUUAAUCCACCGCCUACCCGUCAAACUUUAGAAACAGAUGACUCGGAUAGUGAUUCGGAAACGGUUCGGUUUCAAGAUAAAAGUGAAACUGAACUUCAACAAAAUUGUGUGAAUAUUUUAAAUGAGGAGCAUCGAGUUCAGGCAAUUUUAGCAGCAGUGGAAAAUUGUAACGAUCCAAAUGUGAUGCAACCAUUGUGUCAACUUUGUCAUAAUUUACUCAUCACUCACAAAUUUGCUAUUCACAAAUAUAAAUUACUCUAUAUGUUGGCAUUUAAGCCAGCAUUUUUGAGAGAUCUUUGGAAUACCCUAUUAACAAUUAAUCAAACAUCAUUAUUUGGUGGAUCGACACCUUUGCUUCAUAUUAUUUCACGUGGUAUUCAACUUUCUCCGGAUGAUGCAAAGAAAAUUGUUCCUCUAUUGGCCGUUUUUUGUUCAUUGUUUAGUUUAUUAAUUGCGACCUUACACGACACGGAAUUCUUUCACGAUGGCUCAGAAACAACAACAUUAAAUAAUUAUGGACAACAGGCAAUGCCAUUCACAACCGCAACCCUAGUUCCAUUAUCGAAUCAUUUAAAGGGCAUUUGUUUGGGAUUAGUGGAACUCGCCUUUCCUGAUACACGUCCUUCUGUUCGGGAUGAUUAUAAAAAUGUCGUAUUGGGACUCUCGUCAUCUAUUCAAUGCGAGCAAAACACUCAUAUGUGGACACAUUUAUUUAAAGUCACCGUAGGAUUACUUCGUCAAUUGCAUACACGUGAUUUACGAAGACAAUUUUGUCCCGAUAGUCAUUGGAUAGCAUCGAAUAUUGUCAUUCCAACUGAUAAGCCACAAGAUUUUACAAUUCGACGUCGAAGGCUUCGUAGUUAUAUUCCAUUUCAAGGAUUGAGAGCGUUUACACGCGAGGAAAUUGAAGAAGGACCACCAAUGUCGACAAAGGAGGUUCGCACAUUGACUUUAUUGCGUGAAAUUCCCUUUGUCGUGCCAUUUAGCGAACGGGUUGUUGUUUUCCAGUCGCUCAUCUAUCGUGAUAAAUUAGAUCAACAAGGUGAAUUGACGCAUUUUAUGCAAGGACCAUCAAUUCAAAUAUCAGUGCGAAGAAAUUAUUUAUACGAAGAUGCAUUUGAUAAACUUUCGCCUGAAAAUGAACCUGAAAUGAGAUUGAAGAUGCGUGUUCAAUUAGUAAAUACUGCCGGUUUAGAGGAAGCUGGUGUCGAUGGUGGUGGACUAUUUCGUGAAUUUCUCUCUGAACUUCUCAAGACAAGUUUCGAUCCAAAUCGAGGUUUCUUUCGUUUGACAAAAGACAAUAUGCUUUAUCCAAAUCCAACUGUACAUUUACUCGUUGAAGAUUUUCCAAAACAUUAUUAUUUCAUUGGACGAAUUCUUGGGAAAGCAUUGUAUGAAAAUUUAUUGGUGGAAUUACCGUUUGCCGAAUUUUUUCUAUCGAAAAUUGUUGGUACACAAUCGGAUGUUGAUGUUCAUCAUUUGGCAUCAUUGGAUCCGAUAAUGUACAGAAAUUUGCUUUAUUUGAAAAGUUAUAAAGGCGAUGUGACUGAUUUGGGUCUUGAUUUUACAGUGUUAUCAGAUGAAUUGGGUGAGAGGAGAGUUGAUGAAUUAAAACCCGGUGGUGUUAAUAUUCCAGUGACAAAUCAUAAUAGAAUUGAAUAUAUUCAUCUAAUGGCGGAUUAUAAAUUAAAUAAACAAAUUAGAGCUCAAUGUUAUGCAUUUAAACAGGGCAUUGGAAAUGUCGUUCCACUUGAUUGGUUGCAGAUGUUUAAUAAUAAAGAAUUGCAGGUACUAAUUUCGGGAGCGCAAAUUCCUGUUGAUGUCAGUGAUUUAAAAUUGCACACUAAUUAUACUGGCGGCUAUACUCCUGAUCAUCCAACAAUUGCUGCAUUCUGGAAAGUUGUCGAUGAAUUUAAUGAUCAACAAAAAAGUCAACUACUUAAGUUUGUCACUAGUUGCAGUCGACCACCACUUCUUGGAUUUAAGGAAUUGGAUCCUCCAUUUUGCAUACAACAUGCAGGCAGUAUUGACCGUUUGCCAACGUCCAGCACGUGCAUGAAUUUAUUAAAAUUACCGGAAUUUCCUGAUGAAAAAUUAUUACGGGAAAAACUUUUAUACGCUAUCCAAGCUGGAGCUGGAUUUGAAUUAAGUUAAAUUUGAUUUUAGUAAUUUGUGUUUCUUGUCAACUGUAAAUAGAAUAUUGUAAAUUACUUAUGUGCAUAUAAUUACAUAUUUAUUACGUAUAGAAAAAAGUGGGUAAACAAAAAAUAUAUAUAAUUAACGUUUAGAAAAUGUUAUUUACUCGUAACGAAAAUAAUUCAAUUUUUUUUUAAGGCAACAGAUACCUCGAAUUUUUUAUAAAAAAAAAAAUAUAUAUAUAUAUACGUUAGGUAUAAAUAUUUCAAAGGGGCCAAAAUUUUUCAAGAAUCGUGUAGAAAAAAAUUGUUUUUACUGACAUCAAUUACUAUUGAAAUAAAAAUACUCUGUAUAUAUGUACAUGUUACAUUUGUAAUUUGUUCCUGAAUCAUGAAAGUUAAUUUUUAAGAAUAUAGUCAAUUUAAAUGUGUGAGACUUGAAACGUUUAUCUAUUGCGUAACCCUUAUUACUUACUGUCAAUAUACGCGCCUAAAAAAAUAUUUUAUUUUUUUUGUAUCAUAUAAGCGUAUAAUUACUAUAAAUUAUGUAAAUUUUAUCGUUUGUGAUUCGAGUUGGCAAAAUUUAAUAAUAAUAAUAAUAAUAAUAAUCAUGUACGUC